ACCAGAGCUUGUUUCUGUAAAUCGGGACUUUUCAUCUGAAACUUCAGACAUUCAAGCAGCAGACUGAGAUCUGUCCUUACAGCUGAAAGCGAAAAAUGAGCACCUCAACAGUUGGCAGAAAUGUCACCAGCCGGGAGUGAACUCUGACCCCCUGGAUACGUUGUACUGCGCCAAGGAACAACAGCAACAGUGAGGAAGUAGAAUUAUUGUUAAAUGCCACACUUGUUUUAACACUUGUUAAAACUCCUAAUAUGCAGGGCUGUGGAUAAUUUGAGGAUUAGUUGAAGUGAAAGCUUUAAAACGUAUCAGGAAGAUGACAGAGAACAUGUUCCAGGAGGGGCUGUACCAUGUGUUCUUUCAAGAGACUCCUUCAUCAGCUCGCUUGACUCAGGUUACUGAUCAGGGCGGGUUAAGCAAUGUUAGGAUACAUCGUUGGUUUGGGACGGUUGUCAACACCAGACUUUCAGUCACUGGGAUGCUUCAGAUCGUCAGUGCCUUAGCUUGUAUAUUAACCACAUUCAUCCACGCCUGUGUGAGUUAUAACUGCUCUGUCUCCAUGACAACACCAGUGUGGUCAAGCCUAUUCUUUUUGGCCGCCGGCUGUCUGGUGGUGGAGGUUCAGAGGAAAGCUAAUAAAUUAAAGAUCAUCACCCUGAUGGGCCUGAACCUUUUUAGUCUAUUGUUUGGAAUUUCUGCUGUCCUGGCCAAUAGCCUCAAAAAUACACAGCCCGUGGCAAUCAACACAAACCAGCAGCGUGUUGGAUCAUAUAUUGCGAAGGGGGGCUCAAUAGCAUUUACUGUACUGUGUAUUCUGGCAUCAGUAUACAUACUUUUCCUGUCGUGGAGGGGCCUGCGUCGCUACAGCGCUCCACACAUUCAGGCCUACAGCCGCAUCUCACAGGAUCCAGAUGAAGCCACUGGACCUCUACUCGAAGAAGUGGAACAUUCAAUGUCAUAAAAUCUCUUUGUUUGUGUUUUUAUAUAAGUAAACGUAGUAAAAACUACGAAGGUAAUAUAUAUAUAUAUAUAUAUAU